CGUCCCUCUCAGCUUCCGCUGGUCUCCGAUCCGAACACUACCCGAACCGAGAAAACCGACGCACGGUGAAAGUAGUUGGCAGUGAGGAAACCCAGUACUCAGGUGCGCGGAGCAUGGCGGAGGGGAAUAACUUUAUCCCACACCCUGGCUCGAAUGCUGGAGGAGAACGGGGGUGUUGUUAACAAGUGCCACCGAAGAGCGGAAGUUGUUGAACCAUAACACUUGUUGUGGUGGUCUGAACUGUUCAUUUAUUGUCCUGUGCAGCGUGGAGAGAGGACCCUCUUGGAGUUUGUCUCCGUAACUCAAAAGGCACUUCUGCAGACAGGUGCCAUGAGCAGUGAGCUGAAUGUACCGAUGGGUUCCCCGGCCCCAGGGGUCUCAGAGCAGGCUCCAGAUGGUGGAGGGAUGGACUACAGGGACUGGGUUCGGCGCAGUUACCUGGAGCUGGUCAGCUCCAACCACCACUCAGUGCAGGCCCUGUCCUGGAGGAAGCUCUACCUGAGCCGGGCCAAGCUGAAGGCCUCCAGCAGAACCUCGGCGCUGCUCUCUGGCUUCGCGAUGGUGGCCAUGGUAGAGGUGCAGCUGGAGACCAAGUACAGUUACCCUCAUGUGCUCCUCAUUGCCUUCAGUGUGUGCACCACCGUGCUGGUGGCGGUGCACCUCUUCGCUUUGCUGAUCAGCACCUGCAUUUUGCCCAAUGUGGAGGCCGUCAGCAACAUCCAUAACCUCAACUCCGUCAGCGAGUCGCCCCACGAGCGCAUGCACUGCUACAUCGAGCUAGCUUGGGGCUUUUCCACAGCCCUGGGCAUCUUGCUGUUUUUAUUGGAAGUGGUGCUUCUCUGCUGGAUCAAGUUCCUACCCGUACAAUCCGGUGAGUCCGUGAAGUCAAGCACCGACAGCACCACAACAGCCACUGCUGUGACGAAGUCCGUGACAACUGCGCACAUGAUCCAGAACAGCGGCUUUCAGGCUGCACUGGCCUCCACCAUCAUCAUUCUCCCGGUAUGCGUGAUUUUUGUUGUAUUCACCAUACACUUCUAUCGCUCUCUAGUGCGCCACAAGACAGAGCGACACCACCAGGAGAUUGAGGAACUGCACAAGAUUAAGAUACAGCUGGAUGGCCAUGAGAGAGGCCUCCAGACUGUGUGAUAGUAUGACAACAGCUUUAAGAACUUCCCCUUAUAUCCUGUAUUUAUCAAGCCAUCUCACUUCUCCACCAUUUGUUACUGUCGUUGUUCUUACCUUGCUUGGACUUGUGAGCAGUGAGCUUUAAAGCUGCUCGCUUUGUAGAUGGUCGAUACUUGUCCUUGUCAGACUGCUAAUUUAUUUUUAAGGUAAAGUGGUGUUGUAGGAUUUGUGUAGUGAGCUUGUCUGUGUUUUUCAAUGUUAUGCGUGAUGGUCAAAGAUAAUGUAAAAGGGUUUACAGAAAAAGGGCUACUAUGUUCUAUGUGCCAUUGUUGUUUUUGUUUUUUGGUAGGGUUGGGUGCAGAUAAUGGUUCUAAUUAUGAUCUAGUUCCAUGUUGGCAAAAUAUAUGGAUUCACUCUAAUCCCA